ACAACGUUGGUAUUCCAAGUCAUGACACAUGAACAAAGCAAAUGGAAAAGUCUUUCUAAAGCAACGUGUUGUGUUGGUUUCUUGCCGGAAAGAGAGACGAUAACGUCAAGUCCAAAACUUAUAUAUAUAUGUAGUCUAUGCGUUAAUAUAUAUUCAUUUUGUCCAAAUAAUAGUUGAAGGCUUGAAGCCUCUGACCUACACAAGCGAAGGCCUUCUUCCUCACCAUUUCAUAUCCAGAAAUUUGUGCAUUUUAGCUUAGAUUUGUUGAUGUUGGCAUAGUAUGACUGAAAGCUACAGUAAUGCAAGUGUGAGCUCGACUUCAAGUUUGAAUAGCAGCUUUCCAGACACAGAGGAUGACCAAACCAUUGCAAGCAUUUUAGCAGAAGAGGGAGAUUCUCAAGUUGCAGGAAGGCUGGGGAAGAGACUCUCGCACUUGGACUCCAUCCCGCUCACUCCAAGGGUUAAUGGUGAGAUCCCUGAUGUGAAUGAUGCAACCUUAGACCAUGAGCGGCUAUCUGAAAGGUUGGCUAUAUAUGGUUUAGAAGAACUAAAAAUCGAAGGUGAUGGGAAUUGCCAGUUUCGAGCAUUAGCAGACCAGAUAUUUCGCAGUCCAGAUUACCACAAACAUGCAAGGAAACAAAUAGUCAAGCAGCUAAAGCAUCACAGAAAAUUGUAUGAAGGAUAUGUCCCAAUGAAGUAUAGAAGCUAUGUGAAGAAGAUGAAAAAGUCAGGGGAAUGGGGGGAUCAUGUAACCCUACAAGCAGCUGCAGAUAGAUUUGGAGCCAAAAUUUGUGUGUUAACAUCUUUUCGGGACACAUGCUAUAUCGAAAUCUUUCCGAAAGACAGGAGUCCAACCAGAGAAAUUUGGCUAAGCUUUUGGAGUGAAGUUCAUUACAAUUCAUUGUACGAAAUUGGAGCUGUUCCUACAGAUGUUCCCACCAGAGUAGGAAGAAAGAAGUAUUGGUUUUUCUAGAUGUUUAACAUGUCAUCCGCAGAUCGAGUUAUCCACUGUUCCUUUGUUUUCUAUACUUGUACAUAACACUCGAAUAAGCAAGCAACCACAGAGUAUAUAAGAAGCAAACAUGUAACUUGAUAUUGAAUGUAGCAUUAUAUUCACAGUUUUUAUUUGUUUAUUUUUUAUUUUCUUAACUCA